UAGCUUGAGAAAAUGGUUGUGUAAACAGGUCCGGGAACUCCUUAUACGUAUAAUUUGUACAUUUGUGCAUCACAGUCAGUAAAAUAUUAGACAUAAUUCGUGACCGACCGAUCGACUCACCGUAAAGUGUAACCGACUGAACCUACAAGGAAAGAAGUUUGCGAUUGGAACAACAUUGCAACUUGCACAUACGGGUUCUGUAGAGUUAGCUAUUCUAGCUAGCAUAUGUCGGAUGGGAACGUCAGAUAUGGCAUAACGAAGCGAGCUUUAGCUAGACUCUAGGUAUCUAUUUUUUCAAAAAUUUCCAGCGAGUCAGGGGCCGACAUUUAUUGAUACUAAGCGAGGGCUUUCCCCUGAGUUGGCUUACGUAUGCAGUGUGAAUGGAUUUAGUUAUCCGUGAAGCUCAAAUUAAACGUCGUGAAAGAAAGGCAAGCUGAUGUCACAUUGAAGUGCGCAUUAUAGCACACGUACCCGUUAGCAAGGCUAGCCUGCUCUGAUGCUGUUGAUCGGCCAGUGAGUAUUGGAAAAUAUUGUUCCCAGAAAUCUUGCUUGCGACAUUUCACGGGAAUUACCUUUCAACAACAGAGGAGAAUUUGUCCUACAGAAUGCUAGGACUCCCAUUUGUCACCGGCUUAACUUGUUGACGAAUCAAACAUCGAUUUGCAAAGAGAACAGGGAGUGUGUAGGUUAAGUUGGCUAGACAUGUAAACAACCCAUGCGAACAGCAAAUUUAAUAUACUAGUGUUCUUUCCCACUGAACUAACAACGAUUGAAGGAAUCGAGGUGGAGGAGCCAUUUCAAAGUUACUAUGCUAACGGCAGUCAUCAUAAGGAAAUGGUCAGAGUGCGUGAGACAACGUUAGAACUUGAGUUUAAAAUCACUAAAGGUCGUGAGGAAGAGGUGUAUUUCAACCGUUAACCGUUGAACCAGUGACAGUCCAGCCACAACCACUGGGAACAUUAAUGCAAUUUUAACACCCCUAUUCGCUAGCUUUAUAGCUAGCUCGUUUGGUGGGAGCACCCUUUACCGCGAGUUCUUGGAACCUAACCUGAUUAAAGCAGACUUUCCACAAAAGCAUUCUGCGAGAGCACAAUGUCUGAGAAUCAGGCUAAUGUCAACAACAACAACAUCCCCCUAAACAACAAUGGCGGGGCGAAUAGGAUCAGAAAUCCUAACAUAAACCAAAACCCACUGAUCAACGUGCGAGACCGGCUCUUUCACGCCCUAUUCUUUAAGAUGGCAGUGACCUAUGCACGACUGUUCCCACCAUCAUUUCGUCGGAUCUUCGAGUUCUUCGUCCUGUUGAAGGCCCUGUUUGUGCUCUUCAUCCUGGCGUACAUCCACAUCGCGUUCUCGCGCUCGCCCAUCAACUGCCUGGAGCAUGUGCGGGAGAAGUGGCCUCGUGACGGCAUCCUGCGCGUGGAGAUCCAGCGCAACUCCAGCCGUGCGCCCAUCUUCCUGCAGUUCUACGAGACCGAGGGCUUCCAGGGCCUCGUCAAGGAGCCCGAGGGCGACGAGCCCGGCGGGCCGCUGCAGGACCAUGGGGACGCAGCGGGACUCGGCGCCGUACAGCACCUCUUGCCCGAGGAGGACGAGGAGGAGGAGAUGACCAUGGACAUGUUUGACAACAGCUCUGUGCAGUUUGAACUGGACAUGGAGCCUCGUCUGAAGCCGUCGGUGCAGGCCGGAGGGUCCGCUCUGGGCCUGAACGACUCGGUGGAGCUGUCCUUCAGUCAGGCGGCCACUAAAGGUAUGCAGCCCCUGCAGGACUCUGUCUCCGAGCUAGAGAUGCUAACACGCGCAGUGUGGCCACAGGAGGAGUACAUAGUGGAGUAUUCUCUGGAGUACGGUUUCCUGCGGCUCUCCCAGUCCACCCGCCAGCGCCUCAACAUCCCCGUCAUGGUGGUCACUCUAGAUCCGACGAAGGACCAGUGUUUUGGCGACGGGUUCAGUCGCUUUCUGCUGGACGAGUUUCUGGGCUACGAUGACAUCCUGAUGUCCAGCGUCAAAGCCCUGGCUGAAAACGAGGAGAACAAAGGGUUCCUGCGGAACGUGGUGUCCGGCGAGCACUACCGCUUCGUGAGCAUGUGGAUGGCCCGGACGUCCUAUCUCGCCGCGUUCGUCAUCAUGGUCAUCUUUACCCUGUCUGUGUCGAUGCUACUGAGGUACUCCCAUCAUCAGAUCUUCGUCUUCAUCGUGGACCUGCUGCAGAUGCUGGAGAUGAACAUGACCAUCGCUUUCCCAGCAGCCCCUUUGCUUACCGUCAUCCUGGCGCUCGUGGGUAUGGAGGCCAUCAUGUCGGAGUUCUUUAACGACACCACCACGGCGUUCUACAUCAUCCUCAUCGUCUGGCUGGCUGACCAGUAUGAUGCCAUCUGCUGCCACACCAACACCAGCAAACGCCACUGGCUCAGGUUCUUCUACCUGUACCACUUUGCGUUCUACGCCUACCACUACCGCUUCAACGGCCAGUACAGCAGCCUGGCGCUGGUCACCUCCUGGCUCUUCAUCCAGCACUCCAUGAUCUACUUCUUCCACCACUACGAGCUGCCGGCCAUCCUGCAGCAGAUCCGCAUCCAGGAGAUGUUGCUGCAGAACCAGCAGGCAGGUCAGGCAAACCAGGCCGCCGCCGCCGCCCCGACCGGCCGCCCAGCGUGGCCGCCACAGCCAGGCGAGGCCCAGGCUGCAGCUGCGGCCUCCAGCGUCCAGGCCAGCGUCGCCGCGUCCAGUGGGGGCGCUGGAGAUCUGCGGGCCGGUGGGGCGGGGGGCGACGUGACCAACGAGCUGGACUGGAUGGCAGAGGCAGCCAUGCCCAGCGGAGCGCUGUGGGGCCAGCUGGUGGUCGCUGGAGGCUGA